AUGUUAAGCACUCUGCUGUCUCCUCAGAGGCAUGAGGUGGGACUUGGGGCUGCUUCUUCUCCAAUCACGGAGCGAGGGGCGGAGGCUUUCCAUCCAUACUCCGAUUAUGAGUCAGUUACCAGACAUAAGCGGAACAAUAACACUUGGUGGCAAUUGGACGCGAAUACCAUCCACACAGUAGCGGCGCAGGAGUGGCCAAAGCCAAAAGCAGCGAUUCAGAUCAGAUUUCACCUAAACCAGCUGGAAGAGAGACCGAGAGUGUUUCCUUCCCUCCUCCCGAAUCUAGAAAAGCUUACCAAGGAAAAGGAGGAGUGUCGCGCUACUGCUGCUGCUGUGAGGCGCGGAGGGAUCCACAGGAAUUUCUACUGGAUAUUUUUCUCUUUCGGCGUUGAAGAAAAAUAA